CCGACCGCGACCACCACCAAGCACACACGAGCCUGCCGUCACCUCGUAACUAAGCGUCACGGAACUCAAAAGAGCUCGCAAUGUAUCGAAUUCCUCGCAUGGCCACAGUCCCACCACGAUGCGUCGCGCCUUCAGCUCCAAAAUCGAACUCAAAACGUGAAAAAAGUUUGAGGAUGCUCGACAUGUCUUCAUUUCCGAUAUACUUGGCACAGAAAGGCGCCAUCCAUUCGAGCGAAAAAUUCUCGGUCGAAAACAGUCGCGUUUUAUCCGCCUUUGUGUCGCUCGUUUUCUCUAUGGCCAUCUUCUUCCACGUCCUCGUUAUCUGCAGAUAAUCAAAAAGCUGCAACUCCCCCCGAGGCUACUACCGGAACAGAAGUCCCAGCAUCCCCAAGUGACAUACUCCCUCUAGAGAUGGUAGAUACCGCGUCUAUUAUUGCGCCCCUUCAUCCAGGCGACCUAGCAUCUCUAGGUCUCGCAGGAUACACCCCAGCAGGAUUCUACCAGACCUUCCUAGAAACAUUCAACUACACCACCGGCUGGUCCUGGUUCUGGACCAUCGUCUUCGGCGCAGCCCUCUCACGAAUCCUCGUCGCUCCCUUGUUCAUCGAUGCGAGCGCAUACGCGAGGCUCCCAAGCAUGGGCGAAGAAUUUGCACGCGUCGAGGGCAUCAAAGACCCUGCACGGUCGGUGAAGGCGUUCCGGAAGAUCGAGGAGAGGUACGGUAUCAGCUUGACGAAACACACAUUCGGCUGGGUUCCGAGGGCAUUCAUAUGGACGAGCAUGGCGUGGGGGGUGCAUUCUAUGUGCAUGCUUCCGGUGGUGCAGUUGACGCAGGGAGGGGGACCGUGGUCGAUGGAUUUGGCGGCGGUGUCGCCGAUGUGGAUGAAUGUUGCUCUCGUGGGCGCGAUUUUCUGCCAGUCGAAGCUCAGCUCGAUAUCGGUCUCGCCUGAAGACGAUGGUAAAAUCUCCAUCGCAAACGUGUUACUACCCUUAAGUGCUUACAGCGCCGUGUGGGCUUUGGAGCUUCCAGUUGGGACGGUUCUCUCUGUGCUGUCGUUCUCGUUGGUUCACUCGGGUCAAAUCAUACUAUCAAGACCGCCUUUUCGUAGUCUCCCUGAAAUGCCGAGGCCGAGACCAAGAGCUCUCCGGGAUUUACCUCCGAGUAAGCAUCCGAAAAGUAGAUACUGAUUAUUGUUGCCCAGUUAAGGUUAAUCGGUACACGUCGGUAUUGUGGUUGUGCGCAUCCGUCGAGAAUAAAUGUGUCGUUUUGCUCUUGUUGACAACGUCAAGGAAAAUUAGAAU